GACCUGGGCUCCAUCUCCACCACUGUCCCCAAGUCCAUGUCAAAUUCCCUCUGGGACACCAGAGCCAUUUCCUAUUCAGGUUGUGCUGUGCAGGUCUUUCUGUUUUUGUUUUUCAUUUCAGCAGAGUUUUAUCUCCUCACCGUCAUGUCGUACGACCGCUACGUUGCCAUCUGCAAACCCCUGCACUACGGGACCCUCCUGGGCAGCAGAGCUUGUGUCCACAUGGCAGCAGCUGCCUGGGCCACUGGGUUUCUCAAUGCUCUGCUGCACACAGCCAAUACAUUUUCACUGCCCCUGUGCAAGGGCAAUGCCCUGGGCCAGUUCUUCUGUGAAAUCCCCCAGAUCCUCAAGCUCUCCUGCUCACACUCCUACCUCAGGGAACUUGGGCUUCUUGUGGUCAGUGCCUGUUUAGGUUUUAUUUGUUUUGUGUUCAUUGUGGUGUCCUAUGUGCAGAUCUUGAGGGCCGUGCUGAGGAUCCCCUCUGAGCAGGGACGGCACAAAGCCUUUUCCACCUGCCUCCCUCACCUGGCUGUGGUCUCCCUGUUCCUCAGCACUGUCAUGUUUGCCUACCUGAAGCCCCCCUCCAUCUCCUCCCCAUCCCUGGACCUGCUGGUGUCUGUUCUGUACUCGGUGGUGCCUCCAGUUCCCGGAAACUGGUGCAGGAAGACGCUGCCUAUCCCCUUCCCAGGGACAGAGGCCGUCAUGGAACUCCCAGGAGUAGCUGAUGGUGUUUCUGCUCACUCAGGUUCAUGCCAUCUCAUGCACAUGAUGUGCAUGCUCACAUCUCAUAUGUACAAUGCAAACAUGGACUGCUGA